UUCCUUCUUCCCAGGAAAAGAUAAUCAGUUUCACGUCAAACUAUGUUAAUUUUGGAAUUACUCCAAAACCUUAAGAAACUGAAGACGGUUAUGAAAAUAAAUUCACAACAGGUCACUCUCACAACAGAUCAAUCAGACUGAUUGACUGAAUCCAGACAACGAAUUACAUAUCCAUACAUAUCUACAUACGUCACGCUUAAUUUUGCACAGCAUUCUCAAAAUGUCAUAUUUUAUGAACCAUUUUUGAAAAUGUAUCAUCGUAAUCUUGUCAUAUUUUUGUGUACUCUGAUUUUGAUACGCAUUUCUACCUCUACACAAGAUACAAUAUUUAAUUGUUGCAAAUCGCAGCACUCUUUUGAUAAUCAAAGUUUCAGAGAUGCCGAAAAAUUAAGCAAAUUUCAAGAAAUUUUAUCAGUUGAGACCGGUGGUGGUAAUAACUCGGAUAAAAUUAAGAAUUUCCACCUUAAGUUGAACCACUUCGAGUUACAAUGUGACUCGGAUAAACUCAUAAAACACUUUGUAAAUUUCAAUACGAUUGGAUUUCCCAAUGACGGAUACGUUACGAUAAACGAGGAUUUAUUUCUUGCACCCGAAUCCUAUUGUGUGGACAGCUUAUCCAAUGACUUAAGUGAAGUCGUAAUAGUCACAUGCGACGAAGCGCCUGCUCUCCCCAAAUGCUGUCCGUGGGGCAAAUUAUCUAGAUGGCUACAUCCCGAGCUAUGCAAAAAGUUUGAAAAUGCUUCUGAGAAUCUGAAUCUGAAUGAGAAUCUGCUUCUGAGAUCUAAGAUUUCUGAAAGCCGUCACAAAUUUUACUGGCAUCCUCUGAACUGCAUCAACGAAAACAAAAUGGUGGAAACGGCCACAAUAAACCUGUACAAUCAGAGUGAACUGGAUGGAAUAAUUGCUCAAUUGAUUCCUGGAUCGUUUUGCUUUGAUGAUGUUCUAGUAUCUCAUGACUUGAAAUUCGACUGGCAGAAAAAUGUUGCUCUAUUUUACUGUGGCCAAAGUUGGCCAUACAAUGAAUUUGGAGUAACGAAUGUAGAAACUGUAAUGUACGGUGGCUGCCUUUCUUUAUCUGCAGUUUUUCUUCUGGCUGGUAUUGCAGUUUAUGCAAUUCGCCUGAAACAAACUCAUUGUCACAUUCACACGUGGAUUGAAUUGUUCUACAUGAUCUCUCUGCUCUCUUUGGCAGUGUUUUGUAUUCUGCAUAUAAAUUUCCCUGAAGAUCACUUGGACUUUUGUUCUUUGUAUCAUUUGUUUUCUGUAUUCGGAUACUUUGUGUCUGCAAUAGGAGUAUUUACAUGGGCAACUUUAUUGAGUUUGGAACUAUUUUUAGCUUUCAAGGACCUCAGACCAGUGGUGGGACUGGGUUGUAAGCAGAAUGUGAAACGUCUCAUUUUUAAUGCUAUUUGUGGUCAUUUCUUCCCACUUUUAGUGACAUGCUGCACUUUUGCAUAUAGCUUCUACUGGAAGAACACUGGCUACUGUGUAAACACAGACCUUGCGGCAGUUCGGAUUAUUUUAGCGGCGUUGCUUGUCGUCAACACCAUUUGUUUCGGAGGUACCUUGUACUUGAUACUGCGUCACCGAAGAUGCGCCAUGCUAGCUGUUGACAACAAAUCUACCCAAUCAAAUCAGAGACUGAACCAAUUGAUAAGCUGCUUUAUAAAGUUGUACUUAAUUUGUGGAAUAACAUUUGUUGGGAUAAUCAUCGGCUACUUCACCGGAACAGUGCGAUCCUCCGCUUGGUACUUUAUGUUUUAUCGAGCGUUCCUAAAUUUAAGGGGUGUUACGGUUUUCGUAAUUUUUGUUUGCAACAAAAAGACGAAAACAUUAUUGUGGCUAUAUUUCAAUCAGAAAGGUCGUCGCCUCUGCAGGUGUGGAAUUUGUAAUAAGAAAACAACGCAUAUAAAACGUGGUAUUUAUUCGAGACGAUCCGAUAGCAUUUCGCUCUAAUAACAACCUUUAUUGAUGCUAUAAAAAAAAUUAAUAUUGAAUAUUGAAUAAGUGCUGAUUGAAUCAAUACAUAUUUUA